UGAAAUGAACUGUUUUUAUUUUCUGAGAAACACCAGCAACUGCAAGAUUCUCUCCAUCCUUUACUUAUUUACAACCAGUACAAUCUCACAACAAUGAGGUACUCCAUAUAACGCUAGCAAUUAAUAUUAGCUAUUUACAAAACAAUAAUAUCAUAAUAUGUAACAGUUCAAUAGAAGUUUAGAGCUCGGAGCUCUCUAUUAUAUCACUGAAGAUACACAAGUAGAUCAAUGCUGAUAUCGGCGAACGUCUAUCGCGUCGCCUAUAAUUACAUUAAAGUGACGGUGCGUACGUCACCGUACUCUUUGGUCGCAUUUCACACUCUUGAGCAUGUUCACUCCCUCAUAUAUUUACGUAACCGAUGCAGUUUUGAGCGCAUCGAGCUCGUGGCUCUCCAUCGUACACAAAGAAUUCACACCGAUAAUAAUCGUUUUACGAAUGCGAUGAAGCGGUCGAAGGUGAGGUCUAAAAAUGUACCCUGGUGAGUCCGUUCCACCUGGCGGCGGCGGGCGGCGGAGUGUCAGUCUGCAGGGAGGUGGAGGUGACCUCUGUAGCCGGCGCGGGGUAGUACACCGUGGGCGCGGGGCACAGCGAGCGCCGCGCGCGACCCGCGCCCGCCCCCGCCCCCGCCCCGCACCCGCUGCCGUUCCCGUUGACCGCAUUCCUCGCUGAGCGCGCUUCCGAGCGCCGCAGUGUCCCGUUCCGCGCCAGCCUCAACGACACCCGCUCCCCGCACGAAGCGAACGAGUCGUCCCGCGUGUGCUCCGGAGAUUCGCGCGUACCCCGCCGCCAUAUGCCGCCCGCGCAGAACAUCUUCAAGAAGACCCGCUUGAAUUUCUCCCCGAAUAUCACGUAGAUGACGAAGUUGACGCUGCUGUUUAUCGUCACGAGCAGAUUGCUCGUCUUGACGAGCGGAUCCAGUUUCUCCAGCUGGUUCUCGAAGAACACCUCGCACGAGUUCGUGACCAGCGGUAGGAUGUUGCAGAGGAAGAACACCAACACGACGACGAGCAGCAUCGUCGCCAGACUUAUCUCCCGUCGCUGCACGCGCGACAGCCGCGCCCGCUCCGCCUGCGCGCGCCGCACCUGCUUCACGAUGCACGCGUUGAGCACCGCGAGCGCCGUGAACGGCACUAUGUACAUCACGAUCAGGUACAUCCAGUGUAUGUACACGGCGAUAUAAGACUCGGUGCGGAACGCCUCGUUGGGUUUCACGCAGUGGACGAGCUCGCCGUCGUCGACGCUCACGUACGUCUCCGCCUCGAAGAACUUCGGGAAGUUGUAGAGGAACGCGAAAACGGCCGUCCCGAAGACGUAGAGGCGCGCGCGGGACGACGUGCACAGCGCCUUCGCUCGGAACGGGUGACAGACGGCGACCCAGCGCUCGACGGUGACGAUGAGCGUCAGGUACACGGACAUGGUCUGGGCCGCGUUGGCGAUGGGGUAUGCGUAGGGCGUGAUGUGGGGGCACACGUGGUAGUAGUAGUAGCGCAGGCGGCCCGUGUACGGGUACACGGCGGUGAGGCCGAACAGAAGCACGGAGGUGAGGAUGAGCACGGUGUCGCAGGCGGCGAGCCCCACCAGCAGGCAGUUGACGGAGGAGCGCAUCUGGGGCCGCGACAGCACGAGCACGGCCAGCGCGUUGCCGAGCAGCCCGCCCGCGCCGAUGCAGUUGAGCAGCACGCCGUUGAGCACGAACCGGUACAGCUCGUCGGCCGGCGCCACGCCCCAGUCGGACUCGCAGCCGUGCGUCACGUUCAUGCUGCGGCCGCCCAGCGCGCACCGUCCCACUCCUCCCGUCCCCGCCCGACCCUCAUAGCUGGCUCCCGCUAACGGUCCCUCGCCCGCGACGCACUCACCACUCUUCACUUGACUUCCGCUCCUCCUGAAACGAUAUUAACCUUGUUUAAAGUACACAGGCAAAUUAAACUAGUACUAGCAUAGUCGAGCCGACCGACGUUAUCCUACCAUAUACAUAGUGAUAUAAAUGAAAGUCUAAAAUCUGAUUGCAGCGCCAUCUAUCGUGUUGAGUGAUCGAGUGUAGUCUUUUCUUAUUUAAUAUUACUCGAUAACUUAUUCGUUUACGUGGUUGGAAAAACAUUUUGAACCAUAUAAAAGAUCGUUUUUGUGUUACAUUAUUAAACUAUUACUACAAUAAAGCGAGGAACGAACUGCAGAACUGAAUACUCUAUCAGUUUUAGAAGCAUGCGUUCGAUAUCAUUACGAACAACGAUAACUUGUAUCCAUAGAUAUAGGAUGUACUUGUAUCUGAUUUUAAACAACAAUAUGUUGUCAUGUCAUGAUUUUCGGUCCCUUACAAUCAGAAGAAUAAAUAUUAUUAUUUUAUUUAUUUUUUAAGCAUUUAACUGCUAGAUGUUUAUGUUAGUAUUCAUUUGACAUCGUAGGUAACCACAAUGCGAAGAGAUGGCGCUGCCUCGCAGCUUAAGGCUAGGAAAAUUUCGACGCGGCUAAUAGGGCCGUGGUAGCAUAAUGGUCAGUGCAUUCGCCCGGAUAGCGAAGGAUGCGGGUUCCAGUCCCGUCCGCUGCCUUUUUUUCUAGUAAACUUUUCUUUAGAAUAAAUAUUUAUUCUAUAAAGCAAAUGUGAUUUGUAGGAGGACAAAAUAACUUCAUCCGAAAAAAAUGAUUUCUCAUUUCUAAACACUCUUUUUUUGGUGCCGAUGUUUGCUAAAAAAAACGACAACAAUCGUAGAAGCAUUGCAAACUUCUUUCCUAAUACACAGAUCUUUAAUGAAGAAGAAUUUAGUCGAUGCUUUUAAUCCGUCACGAAUGUGUCAUAAGUCUAUAAUGUCAAGAAUAAUAAAAUACAGCUAAUCGUAAAUCCUCAAAAUAUAUUAAGUAUGGGUUACUAAAUUUAUAUAUUUCAAUUUGUCAUAAUUACGAGUGUUUCGAGUGUUUGCUAGCAUCGACAAUGCGAGAUUUAGUGGUAAUAGUGUCGACAAUGUUGGCGGUGGCGGCAGGAGACCGGGAGAGGAUUCGGUAUGGGUUCUACCGCGGGAGCGGCGCGGGGGAGAUCGGUACGUCGGGCGCUGAGACGGAACUCUAUACGCGACGCGUGUUUGGCGGAGAGGCAGCUGAGCUGGACAUGUUCCCGGCCGUCUGUGCACUACUAGAUCGUUACUGGAGUACCCGUUGUUCUUGCGCGGUGGUGUCCACGCGUUGGGCCCUCACAGCGGCGCACUGCGUGUCCCCGCGCAUCGCCUACGUGAAGUACAACGCGCGCCGCCCCUCCUCGCCCGACGGUGACGUGGCGCCUGUGCACUACCUCUACCGCCACCCUGGGUACAAGGUGAUACAGGAGGAUGAGGGUCGCGGUAUGGAUGUCACCCUGCUGCACCACGACGUGGGUCUGGUGCGCACUCGCGUCGACAUGGUGCUCAACAGCCAGCCCAAGACUGACCCACUGCAUGCCAUGCGCCUCUACAACCCCGUCGAUCUCAAGAACGAACGCGUCAAGGUAUUAGGGUUCGGGCGCACGGAGCGGUUGCUGCUUGGCGAGGAGUUGUUCGUGGUACAGCUGCAGCUGGUGUUCUGCGAGCGUGGCGCGUGGUUCCACUGCGUGUGCGGCGUGGCCACCGGCCGGGACCCGCGCGGCGUCUGCUCCGGCGACUCGGGCGGGCCCGUCAUACACAACGGCGCGCAGGUAGGUGUAACGUCAAUGGGUCCGAUGGAGUGCAUGGCGAUCAGCGGGCCGGCUAUAAUCACCGGCGGCGGUGGAAACGCGACGGUCGAACCGCCGGCUUCGCUGCAAGCGCCCGCGUCCGGCGCCACCAGCGUGUUCACGUCGCUGUACAACUACGCGGACCUGAUCAACGCGACGAUACACGACACGGAGCGGGCGCUGCGCAUGCGAAUGAUUUCCGCCGCCGCGCGGCCGUACGACACUCGUGCGGUUCCAACACUCGCCAUGCUCGCCUCACGCGUAGCGUUCCUUCUAAUGCCCGAGCGGUGAAAUUAUUUUAUUUAAAUUCUGUAGCCUUCAUUAUACUGGUUGUUGAUGAGA